AUGGUCUUGCGGUCGUCGAGGUUGGGCGGCCUGCAGCAGAUCCUCUGGCCCAGAUGGCUCGGGGUCUUCGAGGUCGUCGAUGUCUGUCGCGCUUGCGGUCGCCGAGGUUGGUCGGGCUUGCGAGGCUCCUUCGGCCUGGAAGGUGGGACGAACGCAGCCCUGCGGCUGCAGGACUCGUUGCGAAAGGGACGGACGCUGCCCGACUCAGGGGAAGACCGCUCGUCCUCGCCAGCGAUCGGGCUGCUCCGAUGGAGCCGGGCGCCCGCACCAGAAGGCCUCGGGGACUCCUCGGAGAGGUCUGAGGUCGACUCGGUGUCGCUCGUCGACUCGGUGUCGCUCGUCUGGCGGCUCAGUGCCUCGCUACUGACCAGCUCCACUCUUGGCAACUCGGGCGCCGAGAACACUUCGGCCACGCGCCAGCCCGACGUGCGGAUGUCGGGGCAAGACUCGGAGAUCCUCAAGCCGAGCCUCUUCAUCUGGAGAAGGUCGUGGAGAGUCACCGGAGGCCCAGGAGGAGGUCGCAACCCAUGA